UUGUUGUGCUGUGCUGCGUUCGUUGUUUCAGAGCUUCAUGAGCAGAAGCACGGAAAGAUGUCUCUCUGUUUCGCAGCCUUGGAACAUGGGGUCAAGUCGAGUCAGGUUAGGCUGUUAUGGUGCACAGUGACAUGACAAAAUGAAACCUCUCCGCAGGACCAAGGUCUGCGUCAGGCAGCUGAAAUGAAUGCAACGCAACGUAGCAACAUAAUCUGAUAAAAGAGAAAUCCCAGUUGAUUGAUGCUCAGUUAUAAUGUAUUCAGUAAUAUAAUGUUUAAUGACUUUUUUUCACCUCAUACUAUAUUUUGACAUUGAUUUUUCCGUUUGAAGACAACUUACUUGUAUCUAUAAGAACUUAUUCAUAAGAUUUGUGUGGUGCGGUCGCUAGUCAGUCAUUGGCUCUGUAAUAAUUACAUAGUAAGCGCUGUGGAGAAACAGAUGUUCAGAACAACUGCUCCAUAAAGAUCUGUCCUUAACGUCAUCUUUGCUGACAUCUACUGGUCACAUUCAACCACAGCGCCUCGGAUCCGGUGGUGCAGUAGAAGUGAUGCUAAACCAGCAUGAAGCAUAAAGUAAAGUGACUUGCACGUAAUGAGACACACAUUUAAACGUGUGUAGAGAUGCUCUGGACGCUCUGUUUCACCCUGAAGCGAACCUUUAAGCUUUGCGAGUGUGUGUUUACCUGCGCAUGCUGGCACAGGUGUGUGAAAGCGUGUGGGUUAAUCUUCGGCAGACGAAACCUCGACGUUUGAUGGCUAAUCCCUGUCAGACCUCAUCAGCCGUGACACAUGCUAAUUGAACAAAUCCAAUAGAUGUAAGCUGCGCAGCCACCAGCCAGACGUUGAAAACAAGCUCCGACCUACGCGGAGCCAUAAAAUGUGCAUUUAUGACACAAGCCUCCUGCACCUGAUGUCAUGUUAAGCCCCGCGACGGUGCCGCUGAGUCCCGAUCAGUGUUCCAGACAACGCAAUGACUGUUUAUGAAGGUCAAAUGUGUCUGUGCCAGACAAAUCUCUUAAAUUCACUUCUGACCUCACCAUCAGCUUCCUGCUGUGCCUAAUCUGAUUGGCUCCGUCCUUGUCCAUGACCAGGCUUCGCUCUCGCGGUUUUGGGGGAUUUUAAGGGGUUUGCGUUUGGAAUUCGGCGAUGCUGCGUUCAUCACACGUUUGGAGGCCGGGGAGAGCCGCGGACAGGCUGCAGAGGAUUUAACAGCAACAGCUUUGCUUCCUGAGGCCUGUCCGAGCCCAGGAAUGGCUCUGUCUGACCCGGCAUCGAGUGAGAGUCAGGUCAGCGUUCCGGUCUGCUCACUGCUGGUCCUCCUAUGCCUGCACACGACCACAGGAAUGUCGGGCUGGGGUGGAUGCCUGGACGGCCAGGACAUAUUCACCACCGUUAGAGAGAACAGCCUGUGGGGAGAGGUCGUCGCUGAGCUCAUGGCGGACAAUACCAUAGGAGGGGUUCAGUGGAGUCUGGAUGGGAAGGACUCAGACUGGUUCUUCCUGGACGAGAGAAACAUCCGGCUCAACGCGUCAGCCGAUAAGAUCCUCGACCGAGAGACUCAGGGUCCCGUCCUGAUGGCUGAGCUGACAUGUUACGAGGACGACACAUUCCAGAGCGUGUACAGAGUGGUGGUGGAGAUACUUAAUGAGAACGAUAACACACCCGCGUUUGCAGAGGACACCGUCCGCUCUUUCUUCGUCAGCGAGCUGACACCAGUGGACUCUGUGGUCUUUACUGUCUGUGCCACAGACGCGGAUAACGACAAGAUCAUUUACUACAUUGACCAGACAUCGCCUGAUGCUGACUACUUCAAGGUUGAGCUCCCCAACAGCGGAGAAGUGAUUCUGUCCAAACCUCUGGACUAUGAGAGCAAAACUCAGCUGACUGUCACCAUUCACGCCUCGGAAAUGAGCACAGCCGAGCACUUCAACACCAGCACCAACAUCACCAUCACUGUCCUGGAUGGAGACGACCAGUACCCGCAGUUCCUGCCCUGCGCUCUGCUGUUCCAGGACCACACCAGGCACAUCUGCACCAGCCCCAUGUACACGGUCAACGUAACAGAGGGGGAGGAGGACGUGAUGUUGGACUUUUCCCCCGGUCCCAUUCAUGCAGUGGAUGGAGACAGAGGCCUCAGCUCUCCCCUCAGCUAUGCCAUUCUCUCAGGAGACCAUGAUGGGCAUUUACUGAUGGACAGGGAAACAGGGGAAGUGAAACUAGUUGAGGGGGUGAGAGACAGGCUCACAACCCCAGCACUGCAGCUUCAGGUCAUGGCGUAUCAGAACGACGACCCCAGGAAAUACUCCGUGGCUACAGCUCUGGUCCGAGUUUUGGCGGCGAACCGGUUUUACCCACAGUUCGAACGGGCCGAGUAUCACGGCUUCGUGACCUCAGGGAGGAACGCGGCCGCUCUGGUCAACACCUACGGCAGCAGAGCUCUGAUGUUACAAGUCCAAGACCAGGACUUCAAUAAUGGUUUCAACCCCAUGAUCUACUUCACCUUCAGUCCUACAUCCAAUCACACGGACACAUAUCAAGUCACACGGGAGGGAUUUCUGAUCACCAGGAACAGUCAACUCAGGCCUAAGCAAAAACACAUUCUACAGGUGAUGGCUAUAGAUGAGGAGUCAGGCGACGCCACCUCAGCUACUGUAGUGGUGGAGGUGUUGACUGAAGGACAGUCAAUUCCUCAUGGUCCACUGGGAGACGACCGCCUGACAGGCUGCACUGUGGGCAAAGCUUUGCUCCUGAGCAUGGUGUUCAUGACUCUGCUCGCAUGCAUCUUGUUUGUCAUGAUGUGGUUAAAGAAGAAGCAGAAGGGAAAGAGGGAUCCGCUGGAGAGAGGCUGCGUGGCCCAGGGCAAACACCCCAACGUGAGUUUACGAUGGUUCCAGCUGGUGAAUCAGCGCAGUGCCAUGUCGCACAUGGAGGAAGCUCCUUACAGAAAUGAAGAAUAUGGAAGCUGCAAUCCUUCCUUCAGCUUCUCGGAGAGACCCGACGUCUACGCCCGUCACGACCUCCCUUCCUCCGAAGGACCCGUCGCACGCAGAACGACGGCUGCGUCCCACACCAGCUACUUCCCCAGCGAAGGUCCACGGAGCCCUGCCAAUAAUAUUGUCUUUACACCCACCAGAAGCUCCUCUAGGUCACCCACCUUGGACGUGGCUGCCAUGGAUGGGAGCUCCGCCCAUAACACUCAAGCUGCUUCAGCCCUAGAAAACCUCAGCUCUCUGACCCCUCCCCACGAUACAAAGCUGGACCCCACUGAGGCCACUCCGAACCCUGCACCUCAAGAUGCCACUAACCCUUCACCUUUGACGUGUCCUGACUCGGACACAGCCCCCAACGAUUCUCCUGCUGACCCUGUCACCAGCCCCUCCUCCCAGUCCAGCAUACCCUGCAGUCGCACCCGGAUAGCUUCGGCAGAAAUAGACAAACCAUUCCGGAAGCCCCGCGUGAAGACACCCCCGUAUUCACCCUUACGUUCCUCUUUCCUCACCAAGCCUAUCAGCACACCCCCACCCACCCCGGAGCAAGCGCCGUUAAAAGCUAAGCUGGUGCACAUAGACACGUCUCCCCUCCAUACGCCGCCAGUAACAGCAGCAGGGGCAACUAUGACUCUGAGCGCAGAGAUAGACACACCUUCCACGUCACUGGAUCAACCGGACCAACCAGAGGACCAAGGUGCAUCUCAGGACAGAAGGGCUUCAGCAAACUCCGGCGCCACCCGGGAUGACUCCACAUCGGGGGAUAAAGGUACCGAAGAUGCUGACAAGAUCAGUGAGGUAGAUGAUGAGUUAGAGUCAGACGAAGAGGAGCUGCUCAGAGUGAUGGCUCGCUGUAAUCCCAUUUUUAUCACGUUUAGUAAAUGAUGACAAAUCGCAGGUAAAGGGGAAGAUGGAUGACGGGCAGUGAAGUCUGGUUCUGCUGUAGAUACCGGUGCGACAAUGUGUAUAAACAUGUACACUUAACAUGAUGAUGACAAGAUGAUGAUGUCAUGUUUUUAUGCUGUUACAGUCGCUCUACAUAGUCUAAGUAACAGAAAUCAGUGUUUGUAGCACAACAACACAGAUUUCUCAUGAAUCAAAAUGUUUCCUUUUUCUUUGUUUACAAGGAAUAUCGCGUUUUUGCUAAAGUGUAAUCUAUUCUGCACCCAGUAAGGUUCUGUGUAACUUAGUUUGUCCAUAAAGAGUAGUGAAUGUUUCAAACUUUUCUAUAGUACUACUGGACUAAUGCAGAUUCUACGAGCUGCCUCUGUUGUUUCUUUGAAAAAUGAGUAAAGACAUUGUUUAACUGUAACAAUGG